AUGAAAAGAGUGGAAAAUUCAUCGGCUCUUGUCUCCCCAAAUGGCAUCAAGCUCUUCUACGAAAAUUUCAACUCCGGCGAGCCGAACAACGUUUUUGGCUCGGAUCUGUGCAUUGCGAUGUACACGGACUGGACCUACGGGUGGAUAGGAGAAAGCGCGAUCGGAAAAUGGAAUGACAUUCCGUGUGCCAAAAAAAUGCUCCACCUGGUGAUCGGCUCGGCAAUUUUUGCCGUUGUAGCGUCGCAGUGCGGAAAUGACCCUGUCUGCAAAUCUACCCCAUCGUGCUACCGUUUGACCUACAUGGUGCGCCGCCAAGAGUCGGGGACCGGAAAUUCCAGCUUUUACUAUGACUGCUGCGACGACGAGAAGGGUGUGAGAGCCAUCUGGACCUGCACUGCCCCCACCAAGGAUCACCGUGUUGUGAUGUGGAUCAAUGGCGUUGGGUUCAACUCCGAACUCCCGGCCAUUUCUGACGCCUACGGAAGCGCCAACACUGCCGGACUUGGAAACCCGACCACCCCUGUCGAGCUGUUCUGCAGCACCGAAACCGGAAAAUGGGUCCUCCGCAACCCUACUAAUGACAACUGGCAAUUGGGCGGCCGCAACUACUACCUCCCCAUCAGCGACCUCACCUGCCAGACCGAAUAUGUCGGAGACAGGAAGCAA